AGGCCUGGAAUGUAUGUUCGUGUACAUGGCAUGCUAAAAAGCAUCCAGGGGAAUAAAUCCUUAAAUGUGUUCUCUAUUAGGCCUGUGAUGGAUUUCAAUGAGAUUGUACACCACUUCUUGGAGUGUAUGUAUGUGCAUCUCUAUCACACUAGAUUGCAGGGUGGCAGCGUUACUCAGCCCCAAGUGACAAAUCCAACAAUGUCUACGCCAUUGAAGGGUUAUCAAACUGGCACCUCAAAUCAGUUCCCUGGCCAGUUCAACGAUGAUGGAACAAAAAGCAUCAGUCAGAUGGUCUUGAAUUAUUUGAAUCAGCCAGCUUGCCUAGCAUCUGAAGCUGGAGUACAUUGCAAUAUAAUUUCGCAACACCUAAAAAUUCCAGUAGAUAGAAUCAGGGAAGCUUUGGAGUUUCUUGCAAAUGAAGGCUUUGUAUACUCAACCACGGACGAUUAUUGCUUCAAAUCAACUGCCAAUGCUUGACAUCUUCCUUUUACAAAAUAGAGUCAAACAAGUCAUUGCAACAUUUGACUAGGUAUCGGAUACUUCUCUAUGUCUUGAUCCCCGUCUUUCUGUUCGGAUAUUUUGCUUUUGUAUAGCAUUAUUAAGAUAUGUUCAGCCAGAUGAUUUACUUUUACUAAAUGCAGUAUGACCAUAUUUCUCUA